AUGUCCAAGAGAAGUGCUGAAGCCGACGAGAAUACCGCCGCCCUCAAGGCUGGCGAGCGGCCAAUUGCAGAUGCCCCAAUGGACGAAGCGGGGGAGUUCGAAGACGAAUUCGAAGAUGAAUUCGAGAGUGAAGAUGAGAUCCUAGAAGCCGGAGUGGAUGGUCGCCCAGAUGCUGAGCGCGAGGAAGAAGAGAAGGAAGCUAUGGACGUUGACAAGGAGACUUUCAUUCCUGGACGAACAAAAUUGGCUCCCGGAGAGACACUAUCGCCCGAUCCCUCUACCUACGAUAUGCUUCACACACUCAGCACACCCUGGCCAUGCCUUUCCUUCGAUAUUGUGCGCGAUUCGCUCGGUGAUAACCGCAAGACCUUCCCCGCUACUGUCUACGCCGUUACUGGUACACAAGCCGAGGGAUCGAAAUCCAAGGACAAUGAACUCAUGGUGCUCAAGAUGAGCGGCCUGAGCAAGAUGGAGAAGGAAGGCGAGGACUCAGACAGCGACUCGGACGACGACAUGGGCGAGCCUAUUCUCGAGUCCAAGUCGAUCCCGCUUGGCUCAACGACAAACCGCAUCCGUACCCACCAGACCCCCUCACAGUCCGGUGAUUACUCCAAGCCCCCGCAAACCCUUACCGCGACCUGGCUGGAGAACUCGCAAGUUGUCAUUCACGAUGUUACCGCCCACCUUUCCAGCUUCGAUGUUCCCGGCACUAUCCUUCCCCCUUCAGCAUCUAAGCCUCUUUCCACCCUGCGCAUGCACAAGACCGAAGGAUAUGCGUUGGAUUGGUCUCCGCUCCAGCCUCUUGGAAAGCUGUUGACUGGUGACAACAACGGAUUGAUCUACGCUACUACUCGCACGGAAGGCGGCGGCUGGGUUACCGAUACCCGGCCGUUCACAGGCCACGCUUCCUCAAUUGAGGAAUUGCAGUGGUCUCCCAACGAGCGCAACGUGUUUGCGUCCGCUAGCAGUGACGGUAGCGUUAAGGUUUGGGAUGUGCGAUCCAAGUCGCGCAAGCCCGCCGUCGACGUUCAGGUCUCCAACACCGACGUGAACGUUAUGAGCUGGUCUAACCAGACUGCUCACCUUUUGGCCACUGGUGCCGACGAUGGACAGUGGGCAGUCUGGGAUUUGCGUCACUGGAAGCCCAAUGCCGCGGCGCCUUCUGCUCAGAUCACCUCUACCCCCGUUGCAUCAUUCGACUUCCACAAGGAGCCGAUCACCACCAUCGAGUGGCACCCCUCAGACGACAGUGUGGUGGCUGUUGGUUCCGCAGAUAACACUGUCACACUUUGGGAUCUGGCUGUCGAGCUGGACGACGAAGAAAGCCGCCAGGCCAACAUGGUGGACAUUCCUUCGCAACUGCUGUUCGUGCACUAUAUGGAGUCCGUCAAGGAACUUCACUGGCAGGCACAGAUGCCUGGUACGCUCAUGGCGACCGGCAGCAAUGGAUUCAGUGUUUUCAAGACGAUCAGUGUCUAG